UUGGAAACAGAUGAAACGAUCACGAUAGGAGCGUGAAAGCGUGCGGGUUUUCGGACGUAUUCUCUAACUGUGCUGUCAAAAUUUCUAAAUUGAAAAAUGAUUGAUGAAACGCGAAAGAAAACUUUUUUAGGAUUCGAUUUUAGUACUCAGAGGCUUAAGGCAAUAGUUAUUGAUGACAAAUAUGAAAUACAACAAGAAGCAGAUGUGGAAUUUGAUGUGGAUCUGCCCGAAUUUAGAACGGCAGGUGGAGUUCUUCGAGGAGAGCAUGGGGAGGUUACAGCACCUCCUCUACUCUGGGUGAAAGCGUUGGAUAUGGUGUUAGAUAGACUCGUUGUGGCAGGAGUCGACUUCUCAACCGUUGAGGCGCUAUCAGGGGCUGCUCAGCAACAUGGGUCUGUGUGGUGGGCUAAAGGAGCUGAAGCCAAACUGGCAUCACUAACACCCGAUGGAUUCCUGCACACUCAGCUAGCAACUGUAUUUGUGUGCGACUCACCAGUAUGGAUGGACUCUAGCACCACUGCUGAUUGUAAAGCUUUAGAGGAAGCUGUUGGCGGCCCAGAGGAAUUGGCAAAAAUCACUGGAUCGAGAGCUUAUGAACGUUUCACUGGACCUCAAAUACGUAAAAUGUACAAAAGUAAGCCGAGAGUGUAUGGGGCCACUGAAAAAAUAUCUCUCAUAUCAUCAUUCGCCUGUUCCCUGUUUGUGGGGAAGAUAGCUCCCAUAGACCUCUCAGACGGUUCCGGAAUGAACCUCCUUGACAUUCACACCAUGAAGUGGUGUGAUAAGGCUUUGGAGGCUUGUGGAGAUGAAACACUAAAGCAGAAGCUUGGCGAGCCUGUACCCUCGGUCUCAGUGGUUGGAUCCAUAUCACCAUACUUUGUUCAGAGAUAUGGGUUUAAACCUGACUGCAAGGUUGUCGCCUUUACAGGGGAUAACUGCUCCGCCUUGGCUGGUCUCCGCCUGCGUUCCGGGUGGGUGGGUCUCAGCCUGGGUACAAGCGACACUCUGUUACUGGGGCUGGAGGAGCCCGGGGCUCCGGUGGCGGGUCACGUGUUGGUGGGACCUACCAGCGCUCCAUACAUGGCGUUACUGUGCUUCGCCAACGGCUCGUUGACUCGCCAGGCGGAGAGGGAUCGUCUCUGCGGUCCAAGCUGGCAGGCCUUUGACGAGCUACUGAGAAGUACUGUCAGGGGUAACAUGGGGUAUAUGGGUAUAUACUACAACACAGCGGAGAUCCUCCCUCGAGCGCCGUCUCUACGUGUGGUACAGGACUCUGCUGGUCGUCCCUGUAACCCGGCGCCGCAGUUCGAGGCGCGCGCUCUACUAGAAGGACAGGCUCUCUCCGCUAGAGCACACUCUGAGGAUGUAGGGCUCGCUCUAGAGCGUAGUUCCCGCAUAGUGGCGACAGGUGGCGCCUCCGUCAACACCUCACUGUUGCAGAUCUUCGCGGACGUGUUCAACACACCCGUAUAUGUUCAGGAUCAACACGCCAACGCCGCUCUUCUGGGGGCUGCCAUGAGAGCCGCUGAGGUGUGGGCGCAAGAGACUAACACACAACUUAGUGGUUCUGAGGUGACCGUCUCUCCCGUGGCGAAGCCCUACCCUGACGCCGAGAAGAUCUACUCCCCAAUGUUACAACGCUACAGGAAAAUGCUCGAAGAACUUCCCAAGCUCAACUGAGUUAAUACAAGCAAAAUAUUUAGAAGCUUCCAAAAAUUCAGCUAUUCCGUUUCACUAAGACUUUUAUAAUUAAAGGCAAUCAUCACACGCUGUGAUGGAAAGUUGGAGACAUUCCGUAGAAGGCAAUAAACAGAUACAUAUCUUAAAACUCAUUCCGCAGACUUGUGAUUGUGAUUUGACUGUGAAUUAAAUGUUAGGACCAUGAAAUGUUAUAAUUCCUUAUUACAUAUCAUAUUUUAAUAUUUUCUGUGACGUCACUACUAUGAAGACAUUUUUAUUGGACACCACAAUAUGUUGGUUAUAUAAAAAAAUUUAUCAGACCUCAGUGAGACUUAGCUUUAUUGUAAGUGCACUUAUAUAUUAAUAUUUCUAUGAUAUAUUAUUGUUAUUUAUUUAUUUUUGUAUUUGCUAACUUAUUUUAAGUUAACUAUAUUGAGAUUAUAUAGAUCUUAACUGUAUAUGUUAUGUUAUGGCAUACUCGUUAUACAUUCCAAAAAUCAUGUUAACUUUUACACUUUGUAUCGCUUUGUUGUAUAUUUUUUACAUUUUUAAUAAAAAAAAUAAAUGCUUAAAAUA